UGGCUUCUCUCAUAUCACUCUUCUUGUUCUUAUCCGUACCACGCAGACAGGUCUUUCAAAAACCUGGCACUGAUCUAAAGGUUAAUACCCGAGUUAUGUGAGAAAAGCUUCACCGUCUGCAAAUUUCCAUUUUCACCUUCUCUCUCCUCACUUUUCCUGUUCUUAUCUUUACACUUUGGUGAAUUUUCACGUCCGGAUCUUUGUUUUCCUGUAAAAAGGGAAGUUGAACUUGCAUAACUGAUGGAUUCCAAAGAACCAAACAAGUGCUCACACGCAGAACAAAUGAAGGCUGCAAUGCAACUCAAAUGGUGUGAUAGGCAAAGCCAAAUAUCUGCUCAGAGAAGGGAAGCGAUGUUGCUAUCGCGACAUAUAAGAAGACAAGAUCCUGCAAAGCACAGCCUUCUUCAAAGUCCGAUUGUUGCUGUCCCAGAGUAUUGGAACAAAGCAGGAUUUCUGAAACAAACUGCUCUUACCAUACGAGAACCUCCUUCCCUUGCGGAAAAAGCUGCCAGCCAUCAAGUUUACGCGACUACAUCGCAGGAUAAUUUAGAAAAAAGAAAGAGUAUAUUGGAUCUCUCAGCUGCCAGCUGCCAGCCGCCAGCCAUCAAGCCUGUAUGACUACACCACUUGGUAAUUUGGACAAAGGAAAGGGUAAAUUGGAUCCCCAUGUCAUUCGUGAAACAGGUAAACCUACAUUUAGGUUACACUCUUUUCAGAAUGACAUAUUGUUUAUACAUUACUGUGAACUGUGACUAUUUGUAUAUAAAGGUCCACAUCAGGCACAUCUAACCCGUGUCAUAUUACGUUGAAUGUUGAUCCAAUCAAAGGUUUGCACAAAUUCUGUCUUGCAUUAAUAUCCACCAUACAUAUGUCUUGGUGCUCCUUUUUUUCCCUAAUAAUACUUCUUACAUAUUCAGCUCAUAGGCGGAGCAGAAAGGUGUGUCUAGUAUUCUAUAGAUAUGGCGCUUGCUGAUAAGAGAUUUUCCCGGUAAACAUUCUCUUCCUUUUAACUAGUUGAAUUGUGAUAGUGAAAGCUCGUUCCUUUUGUGUUUUAUUGCAACUUUUUUUUCCCUUUUCCUUUUGUUAGGCCGAAUAAUUUUGCCGUUGCUUACAUUGGGUGGAAAAUUGCUCUUUUGGAUGAAUUAUUACGGGUUUUUGGGUAAAAGACCGAGAAGUAAAGUUCUAGUCUGGUCAAGACCAGGUCGAUUAAUCAAAAAGUAUUUGGUACCUGAUCACGUAGAAAAAGAGAAAGCUUUAGCUGAGAUAUGUGCAACAUCUGUUUUUAUUUUUUAUUUUUGAUGGUGUCUUAUGAAAACAAAUUGACAAAAUUAUAAAACAGAGUCAUGGUGAUCUCCAGGGGAAAAAAAUCUUUGAAUCUAGUUACUAAUGCAGUUUUUUUUAAAAGUGAGAGGGCAGCCGGUGCACGAAGCAUCCCGCGUUCACGCAGGGUACGGAGGAGGGUGUGAUAUAGGCAGUCUACCCUUUUGCAAGCUUCGACCUAGGAGACAACUUUAAUGUUGCUCCACCGCCCCCUUUCUUUUUUAAAGUGAUCAAGAUAAAUUGACAAUGUCGGUUUUUUUUUUUUUUUUUUUUGGAGUACUGAAUUAGAUUAUCCUCUUCAUGUUUGAAGCUAAUUCAGAAAACAAAAACAAAGAUUAAACCCAAACUUGGCAAAAAAUUAAAGAGUAGAGGUUCUAAUUGAGGAGCCAAAAGCAUGUUAUUUAUGCACGAGUCCACAUUUUGCUACAUAACAUGGGUCCAAUAAUCAAAUAUACUAGUAGUAAUUUUUAUCCUCAUAAGCGUGGGAAGGGCAUUUUUUUUGUAGUUUUUUUUUUUGUUGGGAUAACGUAACUUUUUAUAAAUUCUCUCUUUAAAAAUCCGUGUCUCCACUUGUAAUGCAAUUAGGUUCAUGAUGCAAAGGAGGAUCAAUUCAGCCAGCUACCAGAUGAUGUUUUGUCUUCCAUUCUUGCACAUUUGACAGUAAUAGAUGCUCCUAGGACGAGCAUUUUAUCUAGAAG